AUGACCGAGCCCAAGGUCCGGGUAAAACCAUGCGACGAAGAAGAAGCGACACCGGAGCGGAUCGCAAUCGAGGGACGCGGACCGGAAGGGGACGACGUCCAAACAAAUGCGACAACCACCGACAAAGAUGACCGGGAGGACGAAGCCUCACAGCGCUUGGAGAAGACCUCUCCGACGCGAGAAAAAAAUGACCAAGUGAGCCAGGACGAGCCAGAAACCCAGGUUGACCAACCGGAGAAAGGAGAUCAAAGAGGCGAGGUACCACUACCCCAGGCGGAACAGGAGGAGGAACCGCCAAUCCUCACACGCCACGAUGAGGUGACAGUGAUACUGCGGCCGGCAGACAUGGCAUCCAUCAUUAUGGAGCCAAUUACGGAUGAUGAACUGGAAAUCACGUUCCAGAACACCCCAGGCACAGCCAAAACGACGGCAGCCACGGUGAAAGAGGAACGAGUGGUGGAGGGCAUGGAGGAGCCCACACGACAAUCGGAGACGCAGCCACCGACGCCGAGAAAAAGGAGGCGUCCGAUCGGCGAUCAGGUGGGCGUAGAGUUUAAAGUAGAUGAUAAUAGCCCGCUAGCCAUCGAGCUACGACGGGAAGCGAACCGCCGACAGGCGUUCCGCGAUGACGAGCUCACGCCAGAGCAACACCGUUUCUGGGAGGAAUGGGAUGCGAGUAUAAGACACAUCCGGGAGCGAGACCCAUGGGGGAGCCCACGCUCCACCUUCUCGGAGGCGGUGGCCAAAAGGCCGGAGAACUUUGGCAGCCCACCAAGAGAAGGCAGAACAGAGGACGGGCCGAGGCCACGAGCGUCAUCCCACGACGCGGAGCCAUUAGUCGCGAACAGGGGUGAGCGAAAAGGGGAGGCAGACCGGCGCAGGGACCGCGAGAAGCGACGACGCCGCGACGGGUGCUCGACAAAGGGCCGCACCCGCACGGACCAGCCCAGGAGCCAAGGAGGACGCUUCGCCACGAAGGGCGAAAAGAAGCAGCGGGCCUAA